CUUGGAAAACUAAACGACGACAUACAAAAGAGAGAAACCACUUCUCUAAAUCUUUCCAGAUCUGCGGUGAAAUUUGUAAACGUGGGCAGUGGGUAUACGUAACCAGUCUCGCUUCGGUUAUUUGUUCCGCUUGCAGCACUCGACACAACGGAUAUGGGAUUCCCCUAUUUCACGACGUUAUAGGCUUUCCUUCAAUCACGCAUGUUGGGGUCGUCGGUGGUGGAAUUUGGUAAUUUUUGCAUAUUUGGCAAUGGCCACGAUUGUUCUCCAACAGUUAGCAUGCAAAGACCAGGUGUGUCAGGACCAGGCGAAUGCUGCACUUAUAUUAUCGGGGGAAAAUUCAGUUGUUGAUGAUGAUGUUGACUUCAUGGUUGGACGACAUCCUGAUUGUGAACUUCAACUAGACACGCCGAUCUUGCCGGGAUUUUUAUCCAGGUCACAUGCAAAAGUGACAGUUUCAAAAGGACAAAAAGUGUAUGUUACUGAUUUGAAGAGUUUAAAUGGAACACUGGUAAAUAACAUCAUGCUUGAACCAAUGGUUAAAACAGAAUUGAAGAUUGGUGACAUUGUAACUUUUGGCUGUUUUUCACCCGAUGUUGUUCUGACACCUGGAUCCACUGUUAUACAAAAUAGAGCUCCAUUCAAAUUCCAGCUAACGUCUAAAGAUGAUUUGCUUUUGGCUAAAGGUAUUGACAAUGAACCCUAUACAAGCACACCGUGCAUUCCGCUGCAUAGGACAUUGGUGCAUAAGUCAAUGAUUUCUUUGAAUUCAACCAUUCCUCAUUCUUCUGAACAUGAUCACUGUGAAACAAAGAGCAAAGUUGAUACUGGGCUGAUCUCCGAUUCCACAUUUCAUUCAAGCUGCGACACAACAACAACAAUGCAACAUGAGGAUACUUCGAAAUCAUAUGCAAAACACAGAAACGGAGAUUUUGGGAAUAAAUGCUGCUUAAAUAACACACAUAAGGAUCAGCUAUUACCUCUGACUGUAUCCAAUUUAUUGGCCUUCUCAGGAUGCCAUUUUGACAACAUAAAUUUUUCAUCAGAUGAGAAAGAAAAUGUGGAAGGGGAAACUAGGGGCAAUGGCAUUACUGGAAAUAUAAAGUCGAAUCAACCAAAAGUGAAGAUGAAACGGCCAACUAAAAGAAAACGUAGAAGUUGUUUUACAAAGAGGAAAAGCUCAAAAAAUGAGUUUGAAGAUCGCUGUGCUUCUUUUGAAUGCAAGAUAAAGAACACUCACAGUAAAUCUUCAAAACUGGUAUCUUGGGUUCAAUGUGAUUUCUGUGACAAAUGGUAUCAUACAGAAUGUGUUGGAUGUGAUUAUAACACUGUCAAAUCGAAAGCGCGAAAGUUUCAGUGCGGGGUUUGUUAGAUAGGCCUACAUUUUCCUUUUUUUAUUAUACAUUAUUGGUCCUGUUUUUGUUCAAUAAACACUGUUUCUUUCGCACUUACACAGGAAA